AUGUUUCACGGUGGAGGCUGCAUCUUCAGUCUUCAACGUCAUGACGGGAAAGAAGCUAUUAUCACUGCGGAUAAUUCAAUCCACCGGGUUGAGAAGGAAGGGACUAUUGUUAUUGAAGGAGAAGAAGGAGGCCCAAUCACUCUCAAGAACGUAUACCAUGUCCCUGGAGUUAAGAAGAAUCUUCUUUCCGUGGUGAAUGCGGUGGACUCAGGUAACUACGUUUUAUUUGGACCAAAAGACGUUAAAUUCUUGAAGAAUAUUCAAGAGUUAAAGGCGGACGUAGUUCACACCGGAGCACGGGUUAAAGAUCUUUAUGUCUUAUCGGCCUCAAAUUCGUACAUUGAGAAGAUGAGUACGAAUGAUAAUGCUUUUAUUUGGCAUGCUAGGCUUGGCCAUAUAAAUAUGACUAAGCUGAAGGCUAUGGUGAAUAAAGAUCUGGUUAAUGGGCUCCCAAAGUUGAAGAUUCAAGAUGAAGGAAAGCUUUGUGAAGGUUGUCAAUAUGGAAAAUCACAUAGACUUCCAUUUGACAAUUCUACUUCACGAUGCAAUGCUCCGUUGGAGAGGAUCCAUAGUGAUUUGAUGGGUCCGACGAGAACAUCCUCCUAUUCCGGGUUCCGCUACAUGCUGUUGUUCGUUGAUGAUUACUCACGGUACACCUGGGUAUACUUUGUGAAGGAAAAGUCAGAAGUAUUCUCCAAGUUUCAAGAAUUCAAGGUUACCGUGGAAGGAGAGUUGGGUCGGAAAAUCAAGACCUUAAGGACGGAUAAUGGAGGGGAGUUUAUGUCAAACGAGUUUCUCUCUUUCUGCCGAAAGCAUGGUAUCAAGAGAGAAUUUUCAUGUCCAUACACACCUCAACAAAAUGGAGUAGCAGAAAGGAAGAUAAGGCAUCUAAGUGAGACGUGUAGAAGCUGGCUACAUGCGAAGAAUUUGCCUAAGGCUCUAUGGGCAGAAGGGAUGAGAUGUGCAGCCUAUGUCAUCAAUCGGAUGCCGCUUAGUCCAAAUAAUAUGAAGUCUCCUUAUGAGAUGGUUCAUGGGAAGAAGCCAACAGUGAAACAUCUCAGGAUAUUUGGAUCUAUCUGCUAUGUCCAUGUGUUCGACUCUCAAAGAACCAAGCUGGAGGCAAAGGCGAAAAAGUGCAUCUUUGUCGGCUAUGAUGAACAAAGGAAGGGGUGGAGGUGUAUGGAUCCAGAGACACACAGAUACACUGUAUCUCGUGAUGUCGUCUUUGAUGAAGUGUCUUCAUAUUACGGAUCUCCUCAAGUCUUGGUUGAGCAAGAUGGUGCGGGCUCACUUAAAGACGAUGAACCAGCUGCUCAGAUACCAAGUGAUGGUGGAAUUUCUGAACCAGAGAUGCAAGGUGAAAGGGGGAGCACUAACCAAGAGGAAGAGGAGGAGGAAGAUCAUGGUUCCUUGGCUAAUCAACGACCAAAACGGGACAUCGUUAAACCUGCUCGGUACAGAGAUGAAAGGUUUGUUACUACUUACUCAUGCUACUUUGCAUCUCCUUUUGAUGAAGAAGAACCAUCAUCUUAUGAUGAAGCAAAAGGAGUUAAAGAGUGGGAGACCGCAAUGAAGGAGGAGAUGGAUGCUCUAAAGAAAAAUGAAACUUGGGAUUUGGUUCCAAAACCCAAGGAUGUCCAACCCGUCUCAUGCAAAUGGGUGUACCGGAUCAAGCGUAAGAGGGAUGGAAACAUUGAUAGACACAAAGCAAGAUUGGUUGCUCGGGGAUUUUCUCAGAAGUAUGGAGAAGACUAUGAUGAGACUUUCAGUCCAGUGGCGAAGAUGACUACGGUACGUACACUCUUAUCUUUAGCUGCAAGCUUUGGCUGGAAGUUAUGGCAGUUAGAUGUGAAGAACGCUUUUCUAUACGGAGAACUUGAUAAAGAAAUCUAUAUGGAGCAACCACUUGGUUACAUAUCACAAGAGCAUCCCGAUUAUGUUUGCAAGCUAAAGAAGGCUUUGUAUGGGUUAAAACAAGCUCCAAGGGCCUGGUAUGGAAAGCUUGCUCAGUUUCUUCAGUUUUGCGGUUACUCUCCGUCGAACUCUGAUCCGAGUCUGUUCUUCAAGAAGAAUGGAGGAGUCCACGUGGUAGUCCUUCUUUAUGUGGAUGACUUGAUAAUUACCGGGAAUGAUGAAGCGGAAAUUGCUCGUCUGCAAGAGGAUAUGUCGAUAAGGUUUGAGAUGAAGAUGUUGGGUGAGCUGAACAACUUUCUUGGUUUGGAGGUUGAAAGGAUGAAGGAUGGAAUAUUCAUCGGCCAACAUAGCUACGCAAGAAGGAUUGUAGAGAAGUUCGGGGUACACGAAGGAAAGACACGUACUACUCCGAUGGAUGCGAACAUCAAGCUGAAGCGCGAUGAAGGAUCCUUGCUACCCGAUCCUCGGCCUUAUCUCACCAAGGAAGCCACAUCUAGAAGCGGCAAAGAAGAUCUUGAAGUAUGUGAAGACAACUCUUGGCAUGGGUCUAAUGUACAAGUACAAUGCCAAGGUCUCUCUCUAUGGCUUCACGGAUGCUGA